AGUCAGGAGCGGUUUGUACCUGAACGACUAUCCUCCUGGCCGGAGAAUGGCAUCGUCCGCUUCGACAACCAACGCCACCGAUUAGAAACCACACCCGCCUAUUCAGUUAUGCCAUCAGACAAGGCGCAUCUCAGUUCAGAUACUUCAGAGCAACGAUGGACUAGGAAUUUUCCCAUCCCAUCCCCAAACGCUCUAUCAACGUUUACCUUCUUGGACAUUUCACUCGGGGAGCAGGCC